GAUGUAAACAGAGCACGGACCACCACCCAUGUACCGAUGUCAUGACGAACAUAACGUGUCAAUUGCUUCAUAACAAGAUUGAUUGCAAUGGCACGAUAUUUGUUGAAGAAGAAGAACCACUCACAUACACCGAUGAAUGGUUCUGGAUUUACCUGGGCAUUUACGUGGGUCUUGUACUGGUUGCAGGGCUGAUGUCAGGGUUAACUAUGGGUCUUUUAUCCUUGGAUCUAAUGACCCUUAAAAUAAUGAAGGAUGGGGGAACCCCAAAACAACAGAGACAGGCCAAGAAGAUCCUCCCCAUAGUAAAGAGGCACCACCUGCUCCUGGUCACAUUACUGCUGGCUAACGCUGCCGCGGUGGAGGCCAUGCCAAUCUUCUUAGACAGAAUCUCUAGUCCUGUGAUAGCCAUUCUUGUUUCAGUCACUGCUGUACUUAUAUUUGGAGAAGUUGUUCCACAAGCAAUCUGUACAAGAUUUGGACUGGCCAUUGGUGCGACAUUAGCCCCCAUUGUGUACCUGCUGAUGGCCCUCCUAUUUAUAAUAGCCUGGCCAUUGUCCAAGCUCUUAGACUGUGUUCUGGGUGAGGACCACGGGACUUUCUUCCGUCGAGCCCAGCUCAAAGUUCUCGUAGAUCUGCAUGGUCCUAACUCUGAAGCCAAUGUACAUCACACACAGGAUGAGGAUGAUGAUGAACCUCUGACCAUUGAUGAAGUUCUAAUAAUAAAGGGUGCCCUUGACAUGAAGAAUAAAACUGUGAAGGAUGCCAUGUUGCCACUUUGUGACGUGUUUAUGGUUGAUGCCGAUGCAGUGAUGGACAAACCUACUAUGUGCAAGAUUCUCCAUCAGGCUCACUCAAGAGUUCCUGUGUAUGAACAUGAUGCAAGUAAUGUGGUAGGUCUCCUGCUGGUAAAAAACUACAUCAUGUUAAACCCAGAGGAUAAGACCCCAGUCCGAGACCUACUGAAGAAUGAAUGCACGACAAACCUGAUGCACGUCAAUGAUGACUUGCCACUCUAUGAUCUAUUAAAUAUGUUCCAAACAGGAAAAAGUCACUUAGCAUUUGUGAGAAAACACACAGAAAUAACAGAGACAGUUGAAGGUUAUGAAGUGGAAUUUCUGCCAGAGACAAAUGAGAUCAUUGGAAUAAUAACCUUGGAAGACGUGAUCGAAGAAUUAAUUCAGGAGGAGAUAAUUGACGAGACAGAUGUUUACAUAGAUGUCCACCAAAGAAUUCAGGUCGCCAGGGCAAAGGCCAGGAGAAAUAUGCUUAAUCGACUUCACUCCCUCGAACAUGACAGGAGUAAUCUCCCUUCUGCCAGUAACCCAACUGAGUUAGAUGAUUUAGCCCAUCAGGCAAUGAUAAAGAGUAAAUCCCAGCCGGCACUGAAGAGGUCCCCUGUUAAGAGGGCGGUGUCAGGGUCCCUCCCAGAGGACAGUAAUAUGCACCCCCCGCAGGAGGACAAUGAUCAAGCUCCUCUCCUACGCAGCGUGGUCUUCACCUGAACAGAACUUCUAUAGAAGCCACUAAUUACUGUUAAACAUCAUUAUCAACUGCUGAUGAUUAUAAGCUUCUCUUCUAUGCCCUGUGGUACAGUUAAUGUAAAAACUAAUGUAGAAACUAUACUGUAAAUCUUUAUGAUCUACUGACCAAGCACUUAUACAAAGCCUGAACAGACUUUCUGUGUAGAAACUGCUGGCCUACAUUAUACUGUAAAUCUUGAUGAUCU